UACAUCGACUAAUCUUUAUAACAUCGUAGUCGUACAAAUCUUAAAGUAGUGGGACCCGCCAGCAGAAACAAAACUCAAAACAAGGAAGAAGACUUGUCUGAAUCUUCAAUAAGCUCACGGAUUUCUCCUCAAAAUCCUGAUCCAAUCAUUAGUCCAAUUCUCCAACUAGUUGGUAAUAGACAAAUAACAUGGAAGAAGAUAGAAGAAGAAACAGAGGACAUCCUCUGUUGAGAUCCAUGAAGAGAGAAGACGGCUACAACCAUGGCUUCUCACCGUCUCAGAUUCAAUCUCUCGCCGUCAUCUGUCAAACUCUCCUCCCUCCGGAGACCACGGCAGAGCAGCAAGCUCUGAAUUCCUUUAACGUAGCCUCCUCUACUCAACCACCAUUCACUGAAGAGGUGGCGGAGAUGAUAGUGAAAAACGGACGAUCAGAAGCAGUCAAGGUUUUGAAAAUCAUAUUAAUAAUUUUGUCAUUCAGAUUUGGAACUUUGUUGCUUUGUGGGUCUCUCUGUCUUGAUAAGAGUUGGCCUUUUGUUCUUAAAUUCUCUCAACUUCCAUUGGAUAAAAGAGAAGAGAUCUUGAGGAAAUGGUCGAGACAAAGUGGAUUCCUUCUUCCAUUUCGAAUCACUUUCUUCCUUGCAAAAUUCUAUACCCUCUUCUACUUCUUUUCCCAGACGGAUGAGAAUCUGAAGAAUCCUGCAUUGGAAACUAUAGGGUAUUGCCUCGAUGGGAUAGAAACAAGUAGCAACAAGAAGAGUGAAGCAGAUAAGAGACGGCGACCUCUUGAGACAGGGAUCAUUGAGACUACGCAUGAGAGUGACGUAACCAUCACACAAUCUCUAAUUGGAAAAGGUGUUCAUGUUGCGAGAGACGAUGGUGACAAUGUGCAUAGGAUCAGAUGCGAUGCGGUUGUUGUAGGCUCAGGAAGCGGAGGAGGUGUUGCAGCUGCAAACCUAGCUAAAGCUGGAUUCAAAGUCUUGGUUCUUGAGAAAGGAAAUUACUUUGCACCUCAGGAUUAUUCGGGUCUAGAAGGUCCUUCUAUGCUUGAGUUAUACGAAAAAAGCGGGCUUUUGACGACGGUUGAUGGGAAAUUUAUGCUCUUGGCGGGUUCGACUGUUGGAGGAGGUACCGCGGUUAACUGGUCCGCAUCUAUAAGGACGCCGGAUCAUGUUUUGCAGGAAUGGUCUGAAGGGAGUAAGAUCAAGUUUUUCGGUAGCCAAGAAUACCAGUCUGCAAUGGAUGAAGUUAUGACAAGGAUCGGUGUCACGGAAAGAUGUGUCAAAGACGGGUUUCAGAACCAGGUUCUGCGGAAAGGGUGCGAGAGACUCGGUUUGCAGGUAGAGUCAGUUCCAAGGAACUCACCGGAGGAUCAUUAUUGCGGCUUGUGCGGGUACGGAUGUAGAGCUGGUGCCAAGAACGGGACAGACCGAACCUGGCUGGUUGAUGCUGUAGAGAAUGGUGCAGUGAUCCUAACAGGGAUCAAAGCUGAGAGAUUUGUAUUAGUAGACAACACUAGCAGUAGCAAUGAGAGAAAGAAACGAUGUGUGGGAGUGAUUGCGAGUUCUGUUGGAGGAAAGAUUGGGAAGAAGUUUAUUAUCGAAGCUCGAAUGACGGCUUCAUCCGCUGGAUCGCUGUUAACACCGCCUCUGAUGCUUUCGAGUGGUCUAAAGAACCCGAAUAUCGGGAGGAACUUAAAGCUGCACCCGGUUCUGAUGACAUGGGGAUACUUCCCGGAGAAAGAUUCUGAGUUCUCCGGGAAAAUGUACGAGGGAGGGAUCAUCACGUCCGUCCAUCACAUGAAUGAUGCUGAAUCAGGAUGCAGAGCAAUACUGGAGAAUCCACUGAUAGGACCAGCUUCGUAUGCGGGGUUGAGCCCGUGGGUUUCAGGAGCAGACCUUAAGGAGCGGAUGAUUAAGUACGGAAGAACAGCUCAUGUGUUUGCUCUGGUUCGGGACAUCGGGUCAGGUGAGGUUAUGAAGGAAAGCGAAGUUACAUACAGGACAACCAAGAAAGAUAGAGAGAAUCUGAGGGCAGGUCUUCGACAAGCUUUGCGGGUUUCGGUUGCAGCAGGCGCAGUUGAAGUCGGGACAUAUAGGAGUGAUGGACAGAGAAUGAAGUGUGAGGGAAUUACUAAAGAAGCCAUGGAAGAGUUUCUAGACGAAGUUGAUGCGGUUGGCGGGGUUAGCACAAAAGGAGAGUAUUGGACGACAUACUUCUCGGCUCACCAGAUGGGUAGUUGUAGGAUGGGAGCCACCGCGGAGGAAGGUGCGUUGGAUGAGAUUGGUGAGAGCUGGGAAGCAGAGGGAUUGUUUGUCUGUGAUGGAAGUGUAUUGCCUUCAGCUGUUGGGGUAAACCCAAUGAUCACCAUUCAGUCUACCGCUUACUGCAUUUCCUCAAAGAUAGUUGACUCGCUCCAAAGCAAAAGAAAAGUAUAGAGAAGUAAAAAGAAAGAACUCAAACCAUCCCAUUAGUAUUCAUGUCGAAAUAAAUAAUUUUUUCCUUGUAAGACAGAUUUUGUUAUGAAUCAUGGAAUAGUACUUCAGCAUUAUCUUGACCACAAUAAAGAUGUAAGCAAAUGAUAUAUGCACCAA